GUAUUCCGGUUUCUGAGAAAUUCAGUUUUUGUCUACACACUUUAUUAUCGGAUAUCGCAACUCGUUUGGAUGAUUCGAGAGAAGAAAUAAUCUCCCUUCAAGUGGAAUGUUUCGCGAAUUUAACCGAAUCGCUCUUAACGUUGCAAUCCCACGGGACAUCUUCGAGUCAAAAGUUUUUUUUGUGUCGGGGUACGAUCCCGGUUUUUAUCGGAUUAACCCGAGCUUUGGGGAGGUUCUGCCCUAACGAUCCCCCAUUGGUAUGUCGGUUAUUCCCAAAGCCGGUUCCCCCGAUAAUCCAAAAUCAAGAAAACAUCGAUAAAACGCAUUUUCAAAAAAGUUUUAGCAAUUUUCGAUCGAUUAUCCCGAGAAGUUUAUCUGGAAAUUUAUCCGUUAGCAUUGAUAUUUUAUCGAUGAAUCAAGGUUCUUUCGACACGAUUGACACAUCAAAAUUCCAAAACCAACAAUCGACGUCGGAUCCAACCGGAAAUUACGAUUUCACAACCCAUUUUUUUCAAAAAUUCGGCUCAAGUUUUAACCAAUUUCAAAAUAUGCGAUUUUGUGAGAACUCGGAUAACCAAAACUUAUUAUUCUCGUUACAUAACCUCCAAACGAUUUUAUCGUUGGCUAAAAAGUUGUUAACGAAAGAUAUGUUAAACAUAAUCGACGAUCAAUCUUUAGAGAUUUACUCGACGGGAAAAAUCGCAACUUUUCCCUAUAAAACGUUCUCAGAAACGAUCAAUUUAGUCGUUGUAACUUUAUUGAGGGAGUUACUCCAACCGCAAAAAGAUUUACCAAUUCCGUUUACCAAAGAUGUCCAGGAAUUUGUGAAGGGAUUAUUUUUAAACGGACAAACUGAGUUGCAAAGUCGCCAACAUGAUGCGAGCGAACGCGAGGAUCGUGAAAGCAAUUAUGUGCUUGUUAAUAAGUUUAAGGUUAAUGUUAUGGCGAAUGCUGCGUGUGUUGAUUUGUUGGUUUGGGCUAUUGGAGAUGAAACUGGUAAGGAAAUUGACAUUAUUGUACCUUUAUACAGGGGUGACUUGUAUAUAAACGUAUUUGUCCAUGACUAUCUUAUAAUAUAUACCUUUUAA